AUUUGUUGCUGCCUUUCUAACUUGACAAUAUUCAUACACAAUCAAUACUUUGCUGCAACUUUUUACGGCUACAAAAGACUCGAUUAGAUAGACAGAUUGUUUCCUCUUUCACCAGAAACCGAUACGAUGGCCAAUGAGGCUAAGCCAUGCCCCUGUGAUAUCGGGGAUCGGAUGGAGUACGGGGGGCUCGGCCAGGAGGUUCAGAUAGAGCACACUAAAGCUUAUCUAGUAAAGCCUUCCGCUGCAUCUGACAAGGCCAUCAUUGUCAUACAAGACAUCUAUGGAUGGCAGCUUCCCAACACCAGAUACAUGGCUGAUAUGCUGGCAGCCAAUGGAUACAUUGCUGUUUGUCCAGACUUCUAUGUUGGAAAGGAACCAUGGAGUCCAUCACAUGACUGGUCAAAAUUUCAGGAGUGGCUUGAAGACAAAAAGCCGACCAACAUCAACAAAGAGGUGGAUGUAGUGCUGAGGUUCCUGAAGGAGCAGUGUGGGGCCAAACACAUCGGAGCAGUAGGCUUCUGCUGGGGAGGGGUUGCCACACAUUACCUGGCCCUGCAGUAUCCAGAGGUCAAAGCUGGAGUGUCAGUCUAUGGGAUCAUCCGUGAGAAAGAGGACAGAUAUGAGCUGAAGAGUCCUACACUAUUCAUCUUUGGAGAGAAAGAUGAGGUUAUCCCACUGGACCAGGUGAGAGUCCUUGAAGCGAAGCUAAAGGAGAAAUGCACGGUGGAUUACCAGGUCAAGAUCUUUCCUGGCCAGACUCAUGGGUUUGUUCACCGCAAGAGAGAGGACAUCAACCCUGCAGACAGAUCAAGCAUUCAGGAGUCCAGAACAGACAUGCUUAAUUGGCUGAACAAGUACAUGUAACUGAGAAGGUCAGACGAGCCAGCGCAACAGUCAGGGACAUGUAACACUGGACAAGCAACUGGUGCCUUUAACCUUGUUUCAUAGACAAGAUGAAAAGAUGACAAGGCCAAAAAGUAAAAUGUAGAGGUACUCUUUAUAGCAUGCUGGUCAUUGUUGCCCAAAUCUUUGUUUGAUUGGUGACUUUUUUUUGUAUGUUUUAAUUUAGGAGUCUGAACCUUUGGACAUUAAGAAACUGUGAUUUCAAUACCAGUUAAAUGUGAAUUUAUGUUGUGGACCCAAAGCUAUUAAGCACUUUCACAAACUGGAUGCAGUAUGUUGUCUUGUACAUGUAAGAUUGCAAGCAUUAAAGAACACUUAAAGAGGUGUAAUCUUA